AUGCGCUUCCUAACUACUUUCCGCCCAACAAUCCGUCUUGCCCCGCGCAUCCCCCUCCGUCCCUUCCACGCCGCACGCAUUCUGUAUCAAGACGAAGUCAAAGACAGCAACGGAAGUUUCGUCGACGGUCUCGCAGAGGGCGAUGCCAAAGGACGUACAGGCGGCGGCGAAGCACUAGAUGCGAGUUCUAAGAAUGCACCUCCUCAGCCUAAAGUGUCGAACCAGAGUAUUCCGGGGAACCAGACUGAUGAAUUGACGGAGGAGCAGAAGAAGGAGGUUGAGGAGCAUAACAGGGACUUUGAUAAGAAACAUGAUCGGGGGAAUGUUGCGCCGGGGGAUAAGGUUGAUAAGAAGUUCUGGGGGGAUGGGAGGCAUGGCGAGAAGGAUGAAGAUAAUGCGACGCCGCCGAAGGAGAAAUGAGGGUGAUGAUACUCUAUACGAAGUUUGAUCUUCAUGCCCGUGAAUGCAAGAAAUAUGAAGGAAGGCCCGUGGAAAAUAGAUACACGAUAUGAAUGGGGUCAAUUGAACCAGUUUUAUGUGUCUGAAUGUUUUGACGACGCUGUGUUUGUCCAUUAUGUGUGAGAAGCCCCGGGUGAAUUAUUCAUUUUGCAGUAUUCUUGGGACCACCAUGAUAGAUUCUAGGCAUGCUCUCUGCUUGAUUAUAUCACUAGAAGCAUUGUGCCCGCCCAUCGUUUGUGACCACAUAGAAGAUUCUCAGGUCGGCUUGUGGAUCAUCAGUACUACCUCUAGUAUGGAGGCAGAAUGUUGACUUCCUCUACCCCAAGGCUACCUACCGAUCCUGAUGCUCCAAAUCACCG